AUAAGGUGUAGCAUUGAUAAUAGGAGGGCUGGUCAUAACCCGGCCUCUUUCCUUUGUCCACCAGAACCAACACCUACUCCCGUGGAGCCGACCAGCCCAGAACCAACACCUACUCCCGUGGAGCCGACCAGCCCAGAACCAACAUCCACUCCCACGGAACCGCCUGUCCCAGCCCGUGCUGUCUGCAUGGCCUCAGGCGACCCUCAUUACACCACCUUUGAUGGCCGGGUCCACCAUUUCAUGGGCAACUGUACCUACACCUUGGCCAAAGUCUGCACCGAUUCCAGCAGUGGCCUGGGUGUCUUUGAUGUGUCUACCUCCAAUGAACACCGAGGCUUGAACCAGGCUGUGUCCUAUGUCAACUCAGUGCACGUGGAGGUGUAUGGAAACCGGGUGUCUUUGCUGAAGAACAGGAGAGUUAAUGUCAACGGGGCUCGGAGGAACCUGCCUGUGUUCAUCGAGGGCAACAAGGUUGUGGUGCAGAAAAGCGGCAGCUACGUGUUCCUGGAAACAGAUUUUGGCCUGGGCAUCCGCUUUGAUGGGAACCAACACGUGGAGGUCUCCCUGCCACGUGCAUACGAGGGGCUGCUCUGCGGCCUGUGCGGUAAUUUCAACGGGAAUCCAGGAGAUGACAACCUAAAGCCAGAUGGACAACCUGCAGGAGACUCUACCCAGCUCGGAAACAGUUGGCUUGUCCCAGGCAACUACAGCAAAUGUUCCAGCCCAUCAGAACCGUGUGCGCCGGAGCUCGAGGAUGAACUCCAGAGGGACUCUGCUUGCCACCUGAUCACAGAUCCAACAGGCCCCUUCAGGCAGUGCCAUGCUGUGCUGGACCCAACCCAUUUCUUGGAGAAUUGCAUUUAUGACGUGUGCCUCACCCAGGGACAGCAGACCUCCGUCUGCCACGGGCUGCAAGCUUACGCUGCAUCGUGUUCCAACGCGGGAGUGUGUGUGGGAUGGCGGAACGCCACCCUCUGCCCCAUCUCCUGCCCUGCCAACAGUCAUUACAGCAGCUGUGGGAUCCGGUGUGCUUCCAGCUGCAUUACGCCCCCAGGGCUGCCCCCCUGCAGCCCAUUACCAGUAGAAGGAUGCUUCUGUGACGAAGGGUUCGUCCUGAGUGGAGACAGAUGUGUCAGCAGGAGCGACUGCGGCUGUGUGGAUCACCAGCACAACUACUACCAGCUGGGGGAGAAUUGGUUCACCAGUGAGCUCUGCAGCGAACGCUGCACCUGCGGGCACAACAACAGCAUCACGUGCACAGCGUGGCAAUGUGGCGUGCAGGAGAAAUGCGCUGUUCAGGAUGGAGUGCUGGGUUGCUACACCAAGAGCCGAGCAUCAUGCCACGUGGUUGGUGAUCCCCAUUAUUACACCUUUGACAAAGUAAUGCACACCUUCCUGGGUACCUGCCUGUAUACCCUGGUCACUGCCUGUGACAACAGCCAGAAAUGCACCGUCACCCCCUUCAACAUCACUGGGAAAAACGAAGACAGAGGCUUACGAGGAGCCACCUACCUUCGGGAGGUCCAUGUGGACGUGUACGACAUCCGGAUCACGCUCCAGAAAAACAAGAAGAUUCUGCUCAACAGCAUGAGAACCUACACACCAGUGGAAAGCCGCUACCAACAAAAUUCCGUGACAGUGGGGAACGUCGGAAUUUACGUGGUGAUGGAAACUGACUUUGGGCUGAUGGUGAAAUAUGAUGGGAAUCAGUACUUGGAGAUCAGCCUGCCAAGCUCCUACUUCUCUCAGGUGCGUGGCCUCUGUGGGAACUACAAUGGCCGAACGGAAGAUGAGCUGUUGAUGCCCGAUGGAUCCCAGGCCAAGAACGUCACUCAGUUUGGGAACAGUUGGAAGGUGGAAGAUCCUGAUGAUUCAAGCUGCCUGCCAGACACACGUCCAGAGCUGGGUCCGCCCUGCACCCCCGAAGCCCGACCGUCUGUGGAAGAGCAGUGCCACGUUCUGCAAUCAAGUGCCUUUGUCCCCUGCCACCCCCUGGUGCAGCCAGACCUCUUCAUCCAGACCUGCAUCUAUGACAUGUGCAAAUAUGACGGGAUGCGUGCCACGCUGUGCGCGGUGGUGCAAGCCUACACAGAUGCCUGCCAGGCCAAGGGAGUCACCAUCCAGUGGAGGAACAGCACUUUCUGCCCUCUGCCCUGCCCUCCCAACAGCUUUUACUCCAGCUGUGCCCUGCCCUGCCCCCCGACCUGCAACAAUAUUUACGCCAGCGAGCUCUGCGAGAAGCCACCUGGGGAGUGCCUGGAAGGCUGCGUCUGCAACGAGGGCUUCGUGCUCAGCGACGACCAGUGUGUGCCGCUGAGCCAGUGCGGCUGUCAGGACAAGGACGGCCGGUACCACAAAAUCGGAGAGAGCUGGCUCACCCCCCACUGCAGCCAAAAGUGCCGCUGUCGCCGAGGGGGCACCAUCAAGUGCCAGGAGUUUGGCUGUGAACCCGGGGAGGUUUGCAGUGCCAAGAAAAACGGGAAGUUACACUGCAAAUCAACAGGAUUUGGGAAGUGCCUGAUCACGGGAGACCCCCACUACAUGACCUUUGACGGCCUGCUGCACCACUUCCAAGGGACGCGCACCUACGUGCUCUCCCAGACCCACCCCGCUGCCUCGGAACGCCUGGAGCCCUUCAGCAUCGAGGGGACCAACCGGGUGGUGGUGGGCGCCAGCCAGCCCUCCGUGCUGAAGGAGCUGCUGAUCCGUGUCUACAACCACACGGUGCUCCUCAAGCAGAGGAGGAGGCUCGUGGUGGACGGUGUGCAGACUGUGCCCCCGGCGCGACCGCACGAGGGCCUUCGCAUCCAUCAGAGCGGAAGGCAGAUUUUCUUGGAGUCCGACUUUGGCCUCUCGGUCAGCUUUGACGGCGUGGAGAAUUCAGGGAUCGCGCUCCCCAACAGCUACAAAACGAACCUUGAAGGGCUGUGUGGCAACUUUGACGGGAGAUACAAGAACGACUUCACCAGGCCAGAUGGCACCCUGGUCAAAGAUGUGAAUGCCUUCGGGAACAGCUGGCAAGUCCCCGUCGAGAGAGGACCCCCCCGCCUCAGGCGAGACCUCACUGCCGAAGAAGCCCCGGAGGAGGCGGAGCUGGAGGUGGGGUUUUCCCUCACCUGCUCGGAAGACGACGUGCGGGCGGCCAACAGCAGCUCGGCCUGCGGAGUCCUGGCGGACCUGAGCGGGCCGUUCCGAGAGUGCUUCGCCCACGAGGCGCCCGGGCACUUCCUGCAGAGCUGCCUCUUCGACAUGUGCAGAGAAGCCAACAGGGUCACUCGCCUGUGCCCCAUCCUGGAGCAGUACGCCGCGGCCUGCCAGAGCAAGAACGUCUCGGUGGCCACCUGGAGGGCAGUGAUGGGCUGCGCACCCAACUGCCCUCCCCACAGCAAGUACAACCCGUGCAUGUCCGCCUGCCCCCCGUCGUGCUCAGAGCUGGCUGUCCCUGACGACUGCAGCCCCCUCUGCCAGGAAGGCUGUGAGUGCGACGACGGCUACGUCCUCAGCGGCUACGACUGUGUGCCCUUCCGGGACUGUGGCUGCAGCUUCAUGGGCAAUUACUACCAGGCUGGGCAACGCUUCAUGGCCGAUGACUGCAGCCAGGACUGCAUCUGCAUGGACAGCUCCGGCCUCUCCUGCACCCCGACAGCCUGUCCCCAGGACUAUCGCUGCGGGAUCUCCAACUUCACCCGUGGGUGCUACCGCUCCGACCCCUGCCAGCCAAAUCCUUGUUUGCAUGAUGGGGUUUGUCUGCCCGAUAGCACCCUGGAUGCCUUCUACUGCAUGUGUCCUGAGAAAUAUCAUGGAAAACUCUGCGAUAUCGAGGUUACGCCAGAAGCCUGGCCUCCAGGCCAACCCUCCGAGUUCCUGAUGGUCUCCCAUCCAAGAGGCAGCCUCCCCACCGUCCCAGGUCAGCCGAACGGCUUAACGCUGCCCCCUCCGAAGGCCGAGGCCAGCUGGGCGAGUCGAGACGUCCCGCUUCAGACGCUCUCCUUAGGCCUCCGGGUCCUCCUCCUCCUUCCUUAG